AUGAAUAAACUUCCCAAAGGGUGGAAUUUUACCAUUGUUGAUAACGAUGUCGAGCUGAACGACUCAGAAAACAUACAAGGAAAAAGACCUAGAAGGUCAAGAAAUACUACGCAGACGAGUGAAGGAGGUACUCCAACUAUCCAAAACAAUAUAGUUUUAACAAGGACAGACGACAAUGAGGAAUUUAAGGUGGGCGAUACCAUUGAGAUAACCCAAGGAAAAAGACCAGAAGAUUCAACAACUGAUUAUGGUCUUAUAACAGAUAUAAAGUUUGGAAUUAGUGAGUUUAUUCAAGUUAUAGUUGCGUGGUUUAUCAGAUCAUCAGAAAUAGAAGGUAUGCCCGACAAAUUCUUUACAGACAACGAAUUGUUGUUGACUCCGUUUAGAAGUGAAGUAAAAUUUGUUGAUUUUAUUAGACACAUCAAUGUUCUAUCCGAGAGCCAAUUUGCCGAUGUUGUAAUAGACGAGUCUAACUCCCACACGACGUUUCUAGUAAAGCGUGCUACAGAUAAUGAAGGAAACUUUAGUAGCACUUUUGAUUAUAAGGAGUUUAGUUCUAAAGUGCUCGAGAACCCCAAGAAAUGCACCACGCAAGUCAAAGAAUUGAUAUUUACCACUGUCGAAGAAGUGGUUUCAAAGAAUUCUAGCAACAAAAAAGGUGAACGGCAAGAAAAUAAGGUAUCAGAAAUAGAUCGCACAACUAGAUCCAGUAAAGGUAAGGAAAAUCUAUCUGCAAAGGCUUCAAAACCGGAAAAUAAACAGAACAUGAGAAUAAUUGACCAUCACGACAAUUUGUCUAAUAAAUACGAAGAAGAACUGGAGGAGAGUGAUUAUCAGGAGGCUGAAGAUGCAAAUUCUGCAUCGGAGUCUGAGGAAGAAAACAUUUCACAAGACCUGGAAGACCUGGAAGUGGAAUAUUCAAAAAAAAAGAAGUUGAAAACUAAGAAGCUGAUGCGUAGAUCAAAGGUGGCAAUGACUCCUUCACCCAAACGAAAGAUACAGAAAAAGGACAUUGCAGAAAUUUACUCUGUUGUUACACCCACUAAAAGAAUGAAAUUGGGGAAAGAUGACCGAGACUCGUUGCCCGUAUUUUUGUCACCAACUAAAAGUGUUUCUAAUGCAUUCACCGAUCCCAAAUCGGUUGCUUUCAAAGAAAUGAAGAAGAGGUUACAUACGUCACAGAAGUUGAAUGCUCUACCUGGUAGAGAGGAUGAAUUUGCCAUGAUCUAUAUGAAUUUAGAGUCAGCGGUAAACGAACAAACAGGUUGUUGUGUGUAUGUAAGUGGAGUACCUGGUAUGGGGAAGACGGCAACAAUCAAGGAUGUUGUUGAACAAAUGACACUUUCGAGCGAAAAAGGUGAAAUGAAACAAUUUGAUUAUUUAGAAUUGAAUGGAUUGAAGUUAUUGAGCCCGACCGUCACGUACGAAGUCCUUUGGUAUCAUAUAAGUGGAGACAAGGUCAGUGCCUCAAACGCAGCAUUAUUGUUAGAGGAAUAUUUCAAACGAGAAGACCACAAAAGGAAACCAUUGGUAAUACUUAUGGAUGAGCUCGACCAGAUUGCUACUAAAAAGCAAAAUGUUAUGUACAAUUUCUUUAAUUGGCCGACAUAUUCCACAUCCAAAUUAAUUGUAAUAGCUGUUGCUAAUACUAUGGACUUGCCAGAGCGAAUGCUAUCAAACAAAAUAUCCUCAAGAUUGGGAUUAAGAAGAAUUCAGUUUAGAGGAUAUACGUUUCAGCAAUUGGGCGAUAUCAUAACACAUAGACUAGAAAUGAUCACUAAAAACAAUAGAAGAAAAGUUGUUAUUACGCCUGAUGCAAUUGGGUUUGCCUCUCGAAAAGUUGCUAGUGUGAGUGGUGAUGCUCGUAGAGCGUUGACUAUAUGCCGACGGGCAGUGGAGAUAGCUGAAAAAGAAUACUUGGAGAAUAAAAAGGACAAAGACGAUAAUGAACCUUACCAAGUAUUGAUUUCGCACAUAUCUGCUGCCAUAAAUGAAACGGUCAAUUCACCACUAAGCAAAUACCUUUCAUCGCUACCAUUUGCAUCUAAGUUAGUGUUGGCAUCAUUAUUAAGAAGAUCGAGAAGAACAGGUCUUGCUGAAAACAGCCUAGGCGAUAUAAUAGAUGAAAUGAAAAACUCAUUUGCCAUGGCCACACAUUCAAAAGACCAAGAAAAUGACGAGUUGAAUAUGUUAGAUGUUUUGUACACCGAUAAAACAUUUACUACUGUUAACGAAACUACACCUAUUUUGAAUUUAAGAAUUCACUUUUUCAAACAAAUAGUUACGUCUUUGGUUGAAGCAGGAAUUAUAAUACAGCAAAAUUUGCCAGGUGAAAGAUCAAGACUUGUUCAGCUCAACGUGCCUGAGGAAGAGGUUGUGUCAGUCUUCAAGAAAGAUAAUGCUAUAUCUCAAUUUUUAUAG